AGAUGUACGUUUUUACAUUUACUUCCCCCCAUUCCUCCUUGUCUUCCAUUCUUUCUCUCUCUUCAUCUAAGACAACUUAAAGCUUCCAUUUUUAUGCUACCCUUUUCAACCCCACAAAAGCCAAAUCAUUUUUUUAACACAAAACAUUCUAGAAUCUUUGUUCUAGAUGAUUGAUUGAGGUAGAAAAAAACCUAGAAAGAGAACAAGUAGAUUGAAUGGGUAGUAGUAGUUUGGUUUAAAGAACUUCACUUUGUUCAAGCUGUCAUUUUUUUCUCUCUCUUCUUCAAUUUCAAUUCAGUCCUCUUAAUGAGAAUGCUACAUGUUGGUGACAACAAUAGUGAUGUUUUGCUUCUCAUUGGACCGACAUUUUACAAAACCUCAAACGUUGUAACUGAAAAAACAACACAAUCAAUAAUGUCUAAACUGUGAUCACAAAUCACAUUGUUAUGAGCAUGAGAACACACUGUCAAAUUCAUCUUUUUCAUGCUCUAUUCUGCUUCAUUCUCUGUUUGUUUUGGUCUAUUGCAACGGUUUCACCAGCUACUGAGAAAGAGAUUUUACUUCAGUUCAAGGGUAACAUCACAGAGGAUCCAUAUAGCACUUUGAGUUCAUGGGUUUCUGGUGGAGACCCAUGUCAAGGUUACACAGGUGUCUUCUGUAACAUAGAAGGUUUUGUAGAAAGAAUUGUGCUUUGGAACACUAGCUUGGUGGGUGUGUUGUCACCAGCACUCUCAGGGUUGAAGAGGUUGAGGAUAUUGACAUUGUUUGGGAAUCGAUUUUCGGGUAAUAUUCCAGAUGAUUAUGCUGAUCUUCACUCAUUGUGGAAGAUUAAUUUCAGCUCCAAUGCGUUAUCCGGUUCGAUCCCAGAUUUCAUGGGUGAUUUGCCUAAUAUUCGUUUUCUAGAUUUAUCAAAGAAUGGCUUCAAUGGGGAGAUACCUUCAGCUUUGUUUAGGUACUGCUAUAAAACUAAGUUUGUUUCUCUUUCUCAUAACAAUCUUGUAGGUUCAAUUCCUGUGUCUUUGGUGAAUUGCUCUAACCUUGAAGGUUUUGAUUUUUCUUUCAAUAAUCUUAGCGGUGUUGUCCCUUCUAGACUAUGUGACAUUCCUAUGUUAUCUUAUGUAUCACUUAGAAGCAAUGCCUUAUCAGGUAGUGUGGAAGAGCACAUUUCUGGAUGCCAUAGUCUAAUGCAUUUGGAUUUUGGUAGUAAUAGAUUUACUGAUUUCGCUCCAUUCAGCAUCCUAGGACUGCAAAAUCUUACAUAUUUCAAUAUAUCCUAUAAUGGGUUUGAAGGACAAAUUCCUGAUAUCACUGCAUGUAGUGAGAGAUUAGUGGUCUUUGAUGCUUCAGGGAAUAAUUUGGAUGGGGUUAUUCCCCCUAGCAUAACUAGAUGCAAGAACUUAAAGCUCUUGUCGUUAGAGUUGAAUAAGCUGAAAGGGAGUAUCCCAGUUGAUAUUCAAGAAUUGCGAGGACUAUUGGUUAUCAAAUUAGGUAAUAACUCGAUAGGUGGAAUGAUUCCUGAGGGGUUUGGCAACAUUGAACUGCUUGAAUUGCUGGAUUUGAACAACCUAAACCUCAUCGGUGAAAUUCCGGCUGAUAUAACAAAUUGCAAGUUUCUUCUUGAGCUGGAUGUCUCCGGUAAUAACUUAGACGGUGAGAUUCCUCUGUCCGUUUACAAAAUGACAAAUCUUGAAGCCCUUGACAUGCAUCAUAACCAGCUCAAGGGAAGCAUCCCUUCAAGCCUAGGAAACCUAUCAAGGAUCCAAUUCCUAGAUCUAUCACAUAAUUCAUUUUCUGGUUCAAUCCCUCCUUCACUUGGAGAUUUAAAUAACUUGACACAUUUUGAUCUCUCAUUCAACAAUCUCUCUGGUGUCAUUCCUGAUAUUGCAACAAUACAGCAUUUCGGUGCACCUGCAUUUUCCAAUAAUCCUUUUCUCUGCGGUGCCCCUUUAGACAUCACUUGCUCCGCAAACGGAACAAGAUCAUCAUCUUCACCUCCUGGGAAGACUAAACUUCUCAGUGUGUCUGCUAUUGUUGCCAUUGUUGCUGCAGCUGUGAUUCUAACUGGGGUUUGUUUGGUGACCAUCAUGAGUAUUAGGGCCCGACGUAGAAAAAAAGACGAUGAUCAAAUUAUGAUUGUUGAGAGUACACCUCUAGGAUCAACAGAAUCAUCAAAUGUUAUAAUUGGAAAGUUGGUUCUCUUCAGCAAAAGUUUACCAUCAAAAUAUGAAGAUUGGGAGGCAGGCACCAAAGCAUUGCUUGACAAGGAGUCAUUGAUAGGAGGCGGAUCAAUUGGUACAGUCUACAAAACCGAUUUUGAAGGUGGCAUCUCAAUCGCAGUGAAGAAGCUUGAGACUUUGGGAAGGAUCAGAAAUCAAGAGGAAUUCGAAAACGAAAUUGGGCGACUAGGAAACCUUCAACACUGUAAUUUAGUUGUAUUUCAAGGUUACUACUGGUCCUCUUCAAUGCAGUUGAUUUUGUCAGAGUUUGUUUCAAAUGGAAAUCUCUAUGAUAAUCUACAUGGGUUUGGAUAUCCUGGAACCAGCACAAGUAGAGGCAAUAGGGAAUUAUAUUGGUCUAGAAGGUUCCAAAUUGCACUUGGAACUGCAAGAGCCCUAGCCUCUCUCCACCAUGACUGUCGCCCUCCAAUCCUUCACCUCAACCUUAAAUCCUCUAACAUACUCUUAGAUGACAAAUAUGAAGCCAAGUUAUCUGAUUAUGGAUUAGGAAAGUUGCUACCUAUUUUGGAUAAUUUCGGUCUCACCAAGUUCCACAAUGCUGUUGGAUAUGUUGCACCAGAGUUGGCUCAAAGCUUUAGGCAGAGUGAGAAGUGUGAUGUUUACAGUUUCGGUGUCAUUCUUUUGGAGCUAGUUACAGGGAGGAAGCCUGUGGAAAGUGUAACCGCACAUGAGGUUGUUGUUUUGUGUGAAUAUGUAAGAAGUUUGUUGGAAACGGGCUCAGCUUCAAACUGCUUUGACAGGAAUUUACAAGGAUUUGUUGAGAAUGAAUUGAUUCAGGUUAUGAAAUUGGGGCUAAUUUGUACUUCAGAGGAUCCUUUAAGAAGACCAAGCAUGGCUGAGAUUGUUCAGGUCCUUGAGUCCAUCAGAGAUGGAUCAGAAUCUCAUUAACCAGUAAGAGUUUUUCCUUGCAACUCAGAGUUAGAGUAAUUGCUGAAUAAUUACAUUCUUGAAGUCUAUGUGGAAGGAGAUCCGGAUCGGCACUGGUUAUUUGGGGGGGGGGAUGAAAAUUCUUUUGUAUUCAUUUUUGUAUUACCAUUUUUUUUUAUAUAGAAUUUGUAACAUUGCAAUAAAAGGCAUUUGUUCAUUCCAUUGUUUCAA